AUGUCACCCCGAACGAAUUCGCCCCCGCCGUCGUCGUUUGGCUCUUACGAUGACAUGGACUACACAGACUGCCGCCCGGGAACUUCGUUUCGUUCUUCAGCCUUUGGGCAAGCUUCUCAUAACAACCACCAAUUUUAUUCGGUAUCACCAGCGCAACCUUCUUCGUCAAUCUCAACUGCCGCGACAACUACCAGUGUUCGAAAUAAUCUCAAGAGGGAGAAGACUUCACCAAAAGGUUUAGCCUCGGUCCUGCAUUUUCCUCUAAACAUACCGCGCCGUCUACUCUCUUCGACCUUGGUGCAAGUUACCUCUCUCACAGUGAUAUAUUUAUUCUGUAUAACGACCGUUUGUUUCAUAUUCUGCACCUCAUACGUCCUUACGUUCUACGAUGAUACCCGGAGAGUCUUCCGAACAUCGCGCGUUUGGGCACAAGUGAAAAACGGUGUGAGGGAUAGGAUUUCCAUGUUAGGAGAUGAUUGGGAGGAGUUCUUUCAAAAAUAUUUCGAUGGUGUCGAUGUGAACAGAAAUGGACACCUUGGUGGCAAGACAAAAUAA